GUAUCUUACAGUUAAAAGUGGAGAUGUCUUGAACUUUGGGGAGAUUGAUUAAGGUACUUACUGAUCAAGAGAUCAAAGAAUUAAUGGCAGAUAGCGCUGUUGGCUCUCUGCUUGACAAGCUGCUUGCUCGUUUUGUUGAAAAUGAGGUGCAACUAUUGAAAGGGGAUCCGGAAGACGUUCUGAAUCUAAGAGGAGAACUAGAGCGUAUGAGAGCUUUCCUGAAGAUUGCAGAUGCGUUGGAAGAAAGUGACGUAGAAUUCAAAGUGCGGGUUAAGCAAAUAAGAGAGAUCGCUUAUGAAACUGAAGAUGCUCUUGAUGAAUUCAUGCUUCUUCAAGCACAUGAUCAUGCAGAUGGAUUCUAUGGGGCUUUCCACAAAUUCUCUUGUUGUAUCAAGAACAUUAAAGCUCGUUAUCGUAUUAUUUCUGAAUUACAAGCCAUCGGAUCCAGAAUAAAAAAUCUUUGCCAAGUUCACGGGAGUCUGCUUCCCAGAUUCACAAGAAUCAAACAAGGUUCGGGCUCCCCGAGUGCAGAAUAUACAUGGCAAGACCGUCGAGGCGAUGCUCUUCUUCUAGACAAGACUGAUUUGGUGGGGAUCGAUGAACCUAAGCAGCAGCUAGUGGAGUGGCUGGUGAAGUGUGGCAAUAGACGUGAAGUGGUUUCUGUGGCAGCAAUGGGAGGAAUGGGCAAAACUACGUUGGCAAAGCAAGUCUAUGAUGAUGAAGAAGUGAAGAAGCAUUUCAAAAGGCGCGCUUGGGUCACUGUUUCUCAAUCUUUCAAGAUAGAAGAACUCCUCAAAAACAUGAUUCGACAGUUCUUCAGUGUAGUCAGCAGACCAGUUCCAGAAGGAUUGGACGACAUGAACAACGACCGGCUGAGGAGAAUAAUCAAGGACUUGCUCAUGAAAAGCAGGUACUUGGUGGUUCUAGAUGAUGUGUGGCACUUGAAUGAAUGGGAUGUUCUCAAAUAUGCCUUGCCUAACAACAACUGUGGCAGCCGAGUAAUGCUCACUACACGUAAUGCUGGUGUGGCCUCCAGUUCCUCUUCCGGUGUGGAAUCUGUAGGUAAGGUUUACAACUUGAAGCCCUUGUCCCCAAUGGAAUCUUGGGAUCUUUUCUGUAAGAAAACCUUUCAAGGGAAUGCAUGCCCUACUUAUUUGAAGGAUAUCUGUCAAGAUACUUUAAGAAAGUGUGAGGGACUGCCCCUUGCAAUUGUAGCAAUCAGUGGCGUUUUGGCAUCAAAAGACACCCGUAGGAUUGACGAGUGGGAUGUCGUUGGCCGUAGUCUUGGGGCAGAAAUUGAUGGCAAUGACAAACUGCAGGAUCUGAAGAAAGUACUUUCGCUUAGUUUCAACGACUUGCCUUACUACCUAAAAGAUUGUUUCUUGUACUUGAGCAUCUUCCCAGAGGACUAUCGGAUCGAGCAAAGGAGGCUGAUUCGGUUAUGGAUAGCGGAGGGAUUAAUCGAAGCCAAAGAAGGGAAAACACUGGAAGAAGUUGCAGAGGACUACCUCAACGAACUCUUGAAUAGAGGUCUUUUGCAAGUGGCAUCCGUAACCAGUGAUGGAAGGGUCAAAACGUAUCGCGUUCAUGACGUGCUGCGGGAGAUAAUUGUGUCAAAGUCUAGAGAUCAGAACUUCACCUUCGUUGCUAAAGAUCAGAACUUGAUGUGGCCGGAUAAGGUUCGACGCCUAUCUAUACAUAACACACUGCAAAACGUACAAGAAAACAGGUCUGUUUCUCGACUCCGUUCUUUGUUCAUGUUUUGGGUGGUAGAAAAGCUGAACAUACAAAGCUUGUUUCCUGGUGGUUUUAAGCUGCUAAAUGUUUUAGAUCUGCAAGAAUCACGUUUAAAAAAGUUUCCAAUUGAUGUUCAAAACCUGGCUUAUUUGAAAUAUCUAAGCCUGAAGGGCACCAAGGUUAAAACCAUUCCAGGAACUAUAGGGAAGCUUCAGUACCUAGAGACUUUGGAUCUUAAGCAUUCCCGCGUCACUGUACUGCCUGUUGAGAUCUUGAAGCUCCAUCGACUUCGACAUCUCCUUGUAUAUCAUUUCAAACUUGAGUCUUACGAAUAUUUUCACUCUCGAUAUGGUUUUAAGGUCCAAGGCAAUAUAGGAGCUCUACGAUCCCUACAGAAGCUCUGUUUCAUAGAAGCAAACCAAGGUGGUGGCGCUAUAAUGAUGGAGCUAGGGAAACUGUACCAACUAAGGAGGCUUGGCAUUGUAAAGCUGAGAAAAGAAGAUGGGAAAUCUCUAUGUUCAUCCUUAAAAAAACUGACCAACCUUCGUGCGCUGUCUCUAACUUCAACAGAGGAGGAAGAGAUUCUUGAUUUGCAGCACCUUUCUUCUCCGCCUCCAUUCAUCCAGCGGGUGUAUUUGAGAGGACGUUUGGAGAAAUUACCUCCAUGGAUACCAUCACUGCAUGGACUGGUUAGAUUGUAUCUGAAAUGGAGUAGACUGAAGGAAGAUCCACUUGUGCACCUUCAAAAACUGCCCAAUCUUGUACACCUGGAAUUACUUCAGGUUUAUGAGGGAGACACGUUGUAUUUCAGGAAGGGUGGGUUCAACAAGCUUAAGGUUUUAGGCCUUGACCAAUUCAAUGAACUUAGAUGCGUGCAAGUGGAGGUGGGAGCAAUGCCUUGUGUUGAAAAGCUAAUUAUCCAGAGGUGUGAAUUGCUGAAGAUGGUGCCGGUAGGAAUUGAACAUCUGACCAAGUUGAAAGUUCUUGAAUUUUUUGACAUGCCCGAAGAGUUUAUCAAGACUCUUAGUCCAGAUGUAAAGGACAGUGAUUAUUGGAAGGUAGCUCACAUCCCAGAAGUCUAUUCUACCUACUGGAAAGAAGGUGGAUGGGAGGUCAAUACUUUAGAUCUUUGUGAUGGAGAGAAUUCUCCCAGGCCCAGUGCUAUCACCACAACAAGCCACGACCUUGAAUCACGUUGGAAGUGACACAUAUUCAUAGACAUGGGCUUGAUAUUUCAUCGUACUUUUAAAUGAUUUAGUAAAUAUCUAAGUUAUUUGUGUUGUUGGAUCAGAGGUUAUAUUUGGUUCAGCAUUCUUGUACAAAUCAAGGAGAAAAGGAAAAAAAAAAUAAAAGAAUAGGAGCUGCAUGUAAAUUUGUAAUAAGACUGUCAAUAUUCAUUGACUUAGCCAAAAAAAGAAAAAAAAGAAAAAAGAAAAAAGAAAAAAAAGAAAAAAGAAAAAAAAAGUGUAAAUAUUAUUUGUACUUGGAUCUAGGGGAACCUGUGGUUGAGAAGUUGAUCUAUAGUGAUGGAGGCUGCAUGCUUGAAGCUGGCUUGUGUUUCAGAAGUUGUAAAUAUCUAAAUUAGCUCUAAUAGCUGGAUAAUAGAUUACCUGCAGUCCAGUUCAGGCAGGUUGCAAUGCUUGGCCGGGGCUCAGAGGUUACUUGUGGUUCAAGUGGACAAUCAUGGUCAGGGCAGGCACGCACGCACGCAUGCACGCACGAGACCAGGUAGUUAAUUAGUGCAUGGUGGUCUUGUAAAUGAUUGUGCGUAUAUAUAUAUAUAUAUAUAUACACCCACUGUAUAUAAAUAAGUUGCUGCAUGGAGUAGAUCAAACUCUUUGCAAAGGGCUUCCAGGUUUAGAGUGAUGAAUUACUUUGUAGAUAUAACAAAUGAUGAUCAUUGUAAGUACUCCAACAGUAAUGUGAAACUCAUACAUACAGUGUACACUUGUAAAGAUGGUAAAUGCUCAUCAUCGUUGGUCAUGAAGAUCGCAGAUA